CCGAGCUCCCUCGCUUUCCUGCCCGCUGUCGGAUCCCCACCGAGCUCCCGGCCGAGGAUCCUCCGCCUCUUGGUCUCUGGACAUUAGGGUUAGAAAUAGGGGGCUAAGGUUUCGAUUCUUGAUCAUAUCCCUUCCAAGAAGCGGGAGAGAGAGAGAGAGGCCAUGCUUCAUAGCCAGUUCGAUGGAACUUCUUCCCUCUUCGCCGGCGUCAGCAUCAUGCCUUCUCAGGCAACCCAGGCCACCGAUCCCUCCUCCUACUACCCCGCCAAGAAUCGGGGGGCUCAGGGCGCCUUCCCACUGACCGUGAAGCAGAUCGCUGAAGCCUACUAUGCCAGCGAUGACAAGUCCAUCCUUACUGUCAAUGGCUCUGAAGUCCCCAGCGUCAGGCUGUUGGGUCUGGUCAUGAAUAAGGCGGAGAGUGACGCUGACGUCUCCUUCACCCUUGAUGACGGAACGGGCCGGAUCGACAUCAAUAGAUGGAUCAAUGAGUUCACAGAUGCAAAUGAACUGGCUGCUAUCCAAAAUGGGAUGUACGUUAGAGUCAAUGCUCGUAUGAAGGGGUUUCAGGGCAAAAGACAUGCCUUCUCUGUGAGGCCGGUGACUGACUUCAAUGAUAUUGUGCUCCACUUCAUUGAGUGCAUAUAUGUACAUGUUGAAAACACCAGACUGAAGGCGCUUGCGUGUAGAGAGAUACAGAGAGGUGUUCCAGCUUGGAUGCAGCCAAAUCCAAUCACCCGUACCCCUUUUUCUAAUAGAGUGAAAGGAUGUGAUGCUCCUCUUACCAAUCAAUCUUCAGCUUUUUCAAGCAUGAACAGAUCUGGAAAUGACGUGUACAACUUGGUUUUGGGAGUUUUCCAGGAACCAGCAAUCCUCAGUGGCCGUGAACAGGGGUUGCAUGUUGAUGAAGUUAUUGCGAUACUGGGCUUACCAACACAUGAUGUCAUGGAUGCAGUUAACUACCAUGUCGAUUUGGGCCACAUUUAUUCUACUAUAGAUGAAUAUCACUUCAAGUCCGCAUGCAAUGGCUGACAUGCACUGAACAAAUCUGGGAACCAAGCAAUCAAAGAAAGAUUUGAGAAGCAGGUUUUCACAACGUGAACAUUUUCAGCAACUUGGCGAGUAAAGCAAUAAGCCAAACUUUUUUCCUUGUAGUGCAGUUCACCGUAUUUGGUAAGAUGUUGGGACGAUGCUAACAUGAUCACCAAAAUUCUGUUGGUCACUCAAGUCUUUUGUUUUUUUGAGUAUAGCAUGGUAAUAAAGCAUGACCUCUCAAAAAAAUGAUAGAAAAU